AUGGCAUCCUCACCUUCACCCUCCCGCCCGACAGCGGACGACACCAAUACAUCACCACCGGCAUCCCCUGUUUUGGAAGGUCGUGACUCUCCGGAUCUGCCCCUUACCAUGACAGCAUCCACAGUUCUAAUGACCCUGCCCCGUGAUGCCACAACUGCCCUCGCCGCUGCCGGAGCCUUCCCUCAGGAGAAAGUCAUCGUGCGUUUCCGGCCUGUCGGAGCAGCCCCGGCCGUACCUCGAGAGCAGGUCAAGGUUUCCAGCAGCUACAAGUUUGAGAGUGUUGUAGCCCAUCUGAGGAGAUCUCUCAAGGUCAGGGAUACAGACAGUGUGUUUCUCUACAUUAACAGCACCUUUGCCCCGUCACUAGACGAGGUAGUGGGCAACCUAUGGAGGUGCUUCAAAGACUCGGAAAACAGACUGAAUGUGUCCUACUCGAUUACUCCUGCGUUUGGAUAG